AUGGACUCCGCCCAGAGAAUCAACAACCCCUUCGGGGCAACUUCCAUCAGCUUCCCAAGGCAGCAGUACGUGCAGCAGCUGGAGGCUGAGGGGAGAGCCUUUUGUGUUGCUGCUGCUGCUAGCGCGCCCCACAAGCAGCAGCAGCAGCAGCAGCAGCACGAGCAAGAGUGGGGGUUCAACCCUAGACUCAUGCCGGAAGAAAUUGCUGCAGAAGCUGCAGCAGACUGUCCACAGCUGCUCCCACUGCAGCGGCUACAGCAGCAGCAGCAGCAGCAGCAACAGCAGCAACAGCAGCAGCAGGGAGACAGCAGCGAGGCAUCCGAAGCAGAGCCCCUCCUCGCUAGUCCCGUGUGA